AGCUACUAUAGCUCAUUUCUAGGUUUUUGGCCCUCCGUGGCGAUCCUGCGAUGGCUGCUGGCAAGAAGCGGAAGAAGUCCGGCGGCGAUGGUGGCGGCCUCGGCGGCGACGAGCCAGCCGCGAAGAAGGCGGCCGCGCCCGCGGCCGACGACGUGGCGCCGACCGAUGCUGCGCCCAGUGAGCAGGCCGCGGUCCCCGCGGCCAAGUCCGAGUCGGGUUUCAGGGCGCCGGACGCGGCGGAAGUCAUGGAGAUAGCACGCACCCGCAACCUCUACAAGUCGAACCUGUUCCGCCUUCAGCUUGAGGAGCUGCUGAAGGAGCUGGCGCCGCGGAAGGCCGCCCAGGCCGGGCUGGAGGCGUUCCUGCACGCGCUGCGGCCAGCGCUGCUCGGCCUGGAGGCGCGGGAGCUGCCCGCGGAUCUCGCGGCGGAGUUCCCGCAGCUGCGCUUCCAGCAGCGCCAGCCGUUCCCGAUGGCCUUCGCCGCGCCGAAGCGGAUCGACGUCGUCGGCAGCUUCCUGCUGGGGACUUGCCUGCGCUCGAGCCUGUCGGCGGACGUGGCGCUGGAGAUGCCCCCGGAAACGUUCCAGUCCAAGGACUACCUCAACUUUCGGUACUGGGACAAGCGCGCGGCAUACGUCGGCGAGGUGCGCCGCCAGCUGGCGAAGGCGCAGGGCAAUGGCGGGCCCCUGGCGGGCGUGGCGCUGCUCUUCGAGGCGCUCCACGGCGACCCGUGCCGGCCGUGCCUCCUGCUGCGGCCGCGGGGCGACGCGGGCGGCGGCGCGGCGCCCUGGGUGGUGCGGCUGCUGCCGGCCUGUCCCGCGGAGCUCUUCCCGGCGCCGAAGCUGGCGCCCAAUAGGAACUCGGUGCGCCCCGCGGAGGGCUCCGCGGCGGCGGCCGCAGCGCCGCCUCCGACCGCGCACUACAACAGCUGCAUCCUCGAGGACGCCCGCAUGCGGACGUGCCUGGAGUACCUGCAUAGGGCGCUGCAGCGCUUCCCCUCGCUGCGGGACGCCGUCCUGUUGCUGAAGAGGUGGGCGUGGGCGCGGAGCUUCCUGGCCCAGCAGCCCGGCGCCCCGCCGCGCGCCGGCGGCGGCUCGGCGGUCUUCACGCCCUUGAGCGGCUUCUGCCUCUCCGUGCUGGCGGCGCACGCGGCGCAGACGGCCAGCGUGGCUCCCACGGAGACGUCCUCCUUCCAGCUCUUCAAGCUCGCCCUGAGCGUGCUGGCGUCCGUCGACUGGGCGUCGCAGAAGCUGGUGCUCGGCGCCGCGGCGCCGCGCGCGCUGGCCGCCGAGGAGCGCUCCGCCGGCGGCGCCGGCUUCUUCGACGCGGACGGCGUCCUCAACUUCUUCUGGCGCCUCGGCCCCUUCAUCGCCGAGGUGCAGCGGGAGGCCCAGCGCGCCCUGAAGCUCCUGGACGCGGAGGCCGACCCGUACGACGCGGUCUUCGGCCAGCGCGUGAGCCCGGAGCUCCUCUGGGACUGCGUGGUGCGGGCGCCGCCCCUGGGCAGCGGGGCCGCGACGCCCGCGCUGGCGGGCCCCUCGCCGCCGCACACGGUGGCGGGCCCGCCGCCCCCCGCGGACGCGUGCGCGGCGCUCGCGUUGGCCGCCAGGCUGCCUGCGGUGCUGGCGGCGGGGCUCGGGGACCGGGCCCUGCAGGUUUCCGUGCGCCUCGUGGGCGACGCUUGCCCCUGCUGGGAGCACGAGCAGCCGCAGGGGACGUUCACGGUCGUGGCGGGCAUCACUUUCGACGCUCUGAACCUCGACCGCAGCUUGGACAGGGGCCCGAGUGCGGAAGACGUCGAGGCGGCGGCGCGCUUCAGGAGCCUGUGGGGGCCCGAGAAGGCGGAGCUGAGGCGCUUCAAGGACGGCAGCAUCCUCGAGUGCGCGGUGUGGGCGAAGCCGCCCGCGGACCGGGCCGUCGACUCCAAGAAGCACCCCGCGGUCGUGACGCAGAUCCUCCGGCACCUGCUGAGCAGGCACUUCGGCGAGAUCGCCGAGCGCACGGAGGUCCUGUCCGGGCCCGUGGGCUUCGUCCCCAACCUCGGCGAGCGGGGGCGGCGCCUCUGGGCCGCCCUCGAGGCCUUCCGCACGCACGCGUGCCAGCUCAGCUCCCUGCCCAUGACCAUCAAGGACGUCCACCCCGUCAGCGAGGCGUUCAGCUACACCGACAUUGCGACGGAGGAGGCCCCCGUGGCGGAGGACGGCGUCACCCGCGAGUUGCACGGCGCGGUCGUCGAGUUCGAGGCUUCGGGCCGCUGGCCCCGGGACCCGGUCGCGUGCCGCAAGGUGUCCGCCGCGCUGCUGGUGCAGGCGCGGGAGGAGCUGCUCUCCGACCUCGGCAUCGAGUCGGAGGUCGGCGAGGACUUCCUCGACGUGCGUUACCCCGAGGUGGCGUUCCGCGUGCGGGUGUUCCACCCGCACGAGCUCGGGGACGUGGCACAGCGGGUGACCAGCUUCCAGGCCCCGACAGGCGGGUCGGCUGCGCCCCCUGCUGCCGACCUGGCGCGGCUGCGCGACCUGUGGUGGCGGCCGAGGAUACGCAACGCGCUGCACUCCCACGCCCUGAGGCAACCCGCGCUGGCUGGCGCGGCGCGCCUUUGUAAGAGGUGGAUGGCGUCCCAGAUGCUCUCGGGUUAUGACGAGUUCGUCGAGCACCUCGUCGCGCACGUCUUUCUGCACCCCGCACCGUUUGACAGCCCCACGAGCCCACAGGUCGGCUUCUGCCGAUUUUGCUCGCUGCUCGACGCCCACGACUGGCAGCACGAGCCGCUCAUACUCGACUUCGACGGCAGGUUCUCGGAGGAGGAGGAGCGCAUGAGCUUGAGGCGGUCCUUCGAGCGCAGCCGGUCGGAGUCGGAGCGGACCACGUAUUUCUGGGUCUCCUCGCGGUUCGACCCGCACGCCAUGCUGCUGCCUGCCCCGCCGGCGACGGUGGGCGCGUGGCUGCAGCAGCGGGCGCGGCACGCGCUGGGCUUCUUCGGCAGGAAGCUGAUCGGGGACGCCCCAGCCGGCUCGAAGGGCUGGCAGCCGAUGUUCGCGCUGGACACCGGGGUCUUCGACGUCGUGCUCCGCCUGCUGCCCCGCGGCCGCCCCAGUGGCGGCGGCAAGAAGGGCGGCCUAGCGAGUCGCAGGGCGCGGGCGGAGGGGCCGGCGCUGCGAGGCUUCGUCGAGAAGGUCCGCGCGAACCUCUCGCCCGCGUGCCUGGUGUUCUACGACGCCGAGGGCAGGAUGGCGGCCGUCAAGUGGCGUCCCGGCGCGUUCUUUCCCCAGCACCAGAACGUGUUGAUGGGAGCUGUCCCGCACACGCUGAUCAGUCAGAAGGACCGGCCGGUCUUGUGCGUUCCGAACGUCUUGUACCUGACGUCGGUGAUCGCCUCCCUCGCUGAGGGGCUCGCAGUGGAUCUGACGCUCGUUGCCACGCAGAGCAGAGCCUCGGCGAGCCGCUGCCCGGCCAGCGGCGGCCCGGCAGCGGGUGCCUCGAAAGUGAUGCCCACGAUGUACCAGCCGCUGAACCCCAGGCGGAGUGCCGCUGGGGGAGAAAAAGCCCCUGGCACGCCGACCGCCUGGGAGGGCACCACCACUGACCAGAGCAGCAAGCCGCUGAACCCUAGGGCGGAGGCGGAGGCGGAGGCGGAGGCGGAGGCGGAGGCGGAGGCGGAGGCGGAGGUGGAGGCGGAGGCGGAGGCGGAGGCGGAGGCGGAGGCGGAGGCGGAGGCGGAGGCGGAGGCGGAGGCGGAGGCGGAGGCGGAGGCGGAGGCGGAGGCGGAGGCGGAGGCGGAGGCGGAGGCGGAGGCGGAGGCGGAGGCGGAGGCGGAGGCGGAGGCGGAGGCGGAGGCGGAGGCGGAGGCGGAGGCGGAGGCGGAGGCGGAGGCGGAGGCUCAGCCCUCCGCCGCAGAGCGCACCUGCUGCGUCGUCACCUUACGCUGCCUCCAUGCUCUUCUGCGCGCGGGCGUAGCGCGCCGCCCGGCAGCAGCCCGAUGGGGCCAGGAGACUCGGGGCGGCGCCCGCGGGGCGGCGGGCGGCGCUCUGCUCCUCGUGGCGGUGGGCCUGCUCGCCGCCGUGCCGGGCAGCACAGGGCUGGCCCUGGACGGCGACCGCAUCCGGAGGACCGACGAGCGGCGCGACGGCCGCGGGGAGGCCGCCUACGCUGCGCCGUCCGAGGUUCAUCGCCUCAACAUGAACAGCACGCCGGAGCUUGAGGACAGAACCGCCUGGCGGUCGGAGAGGAGCAGCCCGCGGCAGUUCCCCGUGGAGUACUUCUUCAACGUCAGUCGUCCGCCAUCCUUCUCGGGCCAGCUGCCACGGUUCGUGAACUCCGCCAGCGAGCACGGGGAGCAGCCGACCCUCUCGGACCGCGCCCUCGUCUCCGGGUGCCUGGCGCUGCCGCUGCUCCUCUGCGGCAUCGCCCGCGUCUGGGAAGGCGCCGGCAGCCGCGCCUGUCCGCCCGAGCCCUGCCGGGGGCGGCGCCCCAGGAUCGGCUCCCUGUACCGACUGCAGGAGCAGGAGAGGGGCUCCAUGACGCCAGUCGGCACUCUGAUGCAGACCUUCGAUGCCGACACGGCAGAGGGCACCGUCCUGCAGAACACCCUCGCGGGGCUCACCGUGGCGCUGGCGAUGAUCCCGAACGUGGUGUCCUUCUCCUUCGUCACGGAGACGCUCUGGGCCUGCGCGUUCAUGAGCAUCAGCGCCUCGCUCGUCGGGGGGCGCCCCGGCGUGGUCUCGGGCGUCUCGGCUGGGACCGCCGCGGUCCUGUCCGGCGUCUCCACGCCUGACGACAUGGGCGGCAUGGCGCCCAUGGCGCUCUGCGUCUUCUGUGCGGGCCUCCUGCAGCUGCUCUUCGGCCUGCUGCGGGUCUCGAAGCUCCCCUUGCUGAUCCCGCACCCUGUGAUGCUCGGGUUCGUCAACGGCCUCGCGCUCGUCAUGCUCCGCUCUCAGCUCCGGCACUUUCACGAGCACGGCGACGGACCCUGGGUCAGCUACGGCACGUUCGUCAGCAUGAUGGUGAUAGGCGGUGUAGCGAUGUUCGUGGCAAUGGCCUGGCGAAGGGUGCCCAAUUUGGGCACGACCGUACCUUCAGCGCUCGCUUCGCUCGUCAUCACCACCGCGUUCAGCUUUGUGGUGCCGACCAGGACCGUUGGCGAUGUUGCCGGCCCAGGGAUGCUGGAAGUCGGCUUGGGCCAGGUCCCCAAGUGGGACUUUCCGCCCGUCGGCAUGGAGUGGAGCAACCACAAUUUGGUGCUCAAGGCGCUCAGCCUGUCCUUCCGCCUCGCGCUGGUUGGCCUGCUGGAGAGCCUCCUGACAGAGGCCCUCAUCGAUCAGAUCACUGGGACCGCCGGCUCCAUGCGGCGCGAGUGCUUCGGGCAGGGCGUCGGGAACAUUGUGGCCUCGCUGUUCGGCACGCAGGGCGGCUGUGCGCUGCUCGGGCACUCGCUGCUGAACGUGAGCAGCGGUGGGAGGACCCCUGGGGUUGGGACCUCUGGCGUGAUUGCGGGCUUCGCGCUCAUACUUUGCGCCACGGUCUCAUCGCCGUUGGUCGCCAUGGUUCCUGUGGCCGGAGUCAUGGGGAUUCUCAUCCUCAUCGCGCUCAACACGUUUGCUUGGGGGAUCUUCAGGCUGAUCUGGCGCAUUAAUUGGAUGGAUUUGGUCGUGGUGAUCGUCGUGAUGCUGAUCACCGUCUGGUAUGACGUUGCGGUGGCAGUGUUUGUCGGCGUCGUUGUCCAUGCCCUAGGAUUUGCAUGGACGAUCGCCACGGAGGCCAGGGUGGAGGUAGAGGUAGGGCCCGACACGCGCACUUUUUUCCUCAUCGGCCCGCUCUUCUUCGGUUCGGCGAUGAACUACCAGAAGGAGAUGGGGCCGCUAAUGAUCACAGAGAACAUCGUGGUCUUGGACUUCUCAAAGUGCAGGAUUCAAGAUUCUGGACAUUGCUGGGGUCGACGCGGUCAACAGGAUGAGGAACCUUUUCGUGAGCCAGAAUAAGCAGGUGCAUCUGAGGUGCAUUCCCCGAGAUUUGAUCCCGUUCUUGCCAAAGGCGGGGAGGGGGCGGGCUCGGCAUCGACAAGUUGUGCGACGAGCCCUGCCGCCUGGAGGAUUCUGGUCUUCUGCCGACUUCCCCCCCGUCCCCGAGAGAGGAGGAGGGGCGGGCCCAGGCCGUGCAGGAGCGUGCUCUGCUCCGCUGCGCGGCAGCGCGAGGCCCAGGAACGGCGGGGCGACGGGGCCCCUCGCCUGUCCUCUUGCCCCCCUUCUCUCUUGCACUCAUGAUGUGCAUUCGCGCGCGUGGUUGUCGAUGAGCCC